AUGUCAACAUUGCUUAAAACAUUAAUCAUUAGAGGUAAAGAACGGAAAUUGCACAUUAAUCGGUUAUACAAGUCCUUGGGAAGAGUUUUCGAAGGCUUAAUUGACUCACAAGCAAAUAAUCUAGGAAUUCAUGCUUCUCAAAUAAAAUUCAGUAAUACCAAGGAUCGUCCAAUAAAUAUUUUUGAUGAAUGGUGUACGGAAUUGUCAAACCCUUCUGAAAAUAACAAGUUGGAAAAGUCUAGUUUGAAACUAUUGAAAUUUUUCAGAACUAGGGGGCAAAUUCUGAUUCAGAAUAUACAAGAUAAGCCAAUGGUAUGGUCGAAAAUCAUUUCUGGAGGAAAAUUUGGCUCGAGAAAUAUAGUGGCACAAGUUCCAAUAACAGAUCAAAACACAGAUGUAAUUAUGAAGAUAUAUGAUCCUGUUCGGUCCCAUGUAUUCAUACAAAACGACUGUGAUAUAGCUAAGACAUUGAAAACUUGUUUGGAAUUAUUCAAGGAGGUAUUAAUUCUUCAAGUACUUGGUGAUCUUCCUAAUUUCCCUAAAAUUAAAGACGUAGGAUUUAUCAACAACACUAAAGGAGAGUAUGUUUAUGAGCUAAAGGCCAAUGAACCACAUGUUGCUGGAUUAUAUUUUACUUAUCCAUUCAUACAAGCUGAACCUCUUAAAAAUUUUUCUUAUAUAGAAAGGCAAUCAUUGAAACAUGAAGUUUACCGAAUUGUUAAGAGUAUGCACGAAAGAAAAGUUAUACAUGGGAACCUUAAUUCAUUUAACAUCCUUGUUGAGAGUCUAGAGGACCAAAAAGUAUGGAUAGUAGGAUUUGGGCAUUCAUGUGUAAAAUGGCGUGGAAGAUGGUACCGUUGUGAGAGAAUUAAGAACAAAAGACGAAUGCUACUUGAAAAUGAUGAUUUCAAUUCAUUAAAGAAACUUUUUAAAUAG